CGGAAAGUUCAAUGUUGUGAGAGAAAAUUGCAUUGCCGUCUGCUGUGAUAAUUGUAGGUGUUUCCGCAAUAAUGAUGGAAGUUUGAUAGCUGCUAACACCUAUUUUGUGCACAAUAUGAUGGGUUUAUGUUAACGUAAACAUGAACGCUGACGUUGAAACCCAUAUUCGCCAAAAUCACACAUGGCAAAAACUUCCAGCCAACAUCAAACAGAGUUUUGGGAAUUCUCAAAGAGAGUAUGACAAGGCAGUUGUGAACUUUAGUGUUAAAAAUCAGCUUCGGUACAAAGGCAGUCUUGUUCGCCAUAUACGAAAGGAUGAGCGUCGUUACUACGAGGACCUCCUGCAAUACAGCCGGGACCACCUCAUGUUGUACCCCUACCAUCUGUCUGAUGUGGUGGUGAAAGGACUGAGGAUCUCCCCAUUCAUCUACUACACCAACAUGAUGCAGGAUAUCAUGACACAGGAAAAGAGUUAUGACUCCCUCCCAAACUUCACUGCCGCAGACUGCCUGAGGCUUCUAGGUAUUGGCCGCAACCAGUACAUUGAUCUCAUGAACCAGUGCAGGUCAUCAAAGAAAUUUUUCCGCAAGAAGCCAGUUCGAGAGUUGUUACCUGUUCAGCCAGUAGAGACGGCGAGUAUUGAAUCUUGGUGGAUUGUAAACACAGGCUACAUCACAGAAGAUGAUAUCAAGAUAUGUGUUCAACCAGAGAAGACUGUGAUAGACUCCAUCAUUGACAUUGGUCCACAGACAGCUGGGGACCAGGAUAAAGAUGUUGUACAUAGUUUGUAUAGGAAGGGGCUGGUGUAUCUAGAUGUCCCUAUGGCGGAUGAGGAUUGUAUCAUAGUGCCUCCCCUGGAAGGGUUCGUGAUGAACCGAGUUCUAGGAGACUACUUUGAGACAUUGCUGUACAAGAUCUUUGUGUCUAUAGAUGAACACACUACUGUGUCCGAGCUUGCAAGUGUUCUAGAGAUAGAUCUCCAACUAGUAAAGAAUGCUGUGUCAAUGUACUGUAGACUAGGGUUUGCCAAGAAGAAAACUAUUGACCUCAACCCCUAUGAAGUGCAUCCUUCCUGGACACAACAAGCUCCCAAGACAGCUAAGACCCCCGUUAUGCAGAAAUCUAGUCAGGAUUUGUUGAUUGACCUGAGUAAUGCAAUGGACGUUGAUCUGACAGUCAGUGAUCACUUCGAGUCCGACAUGAACACCAACUCCAAUGCAGAUGCCUCAUCCAUUGAAAGUGCAAUAGAACAGAGUAACCAGACGUCGGGACAGAGCAAGAGGAUAGCCUUCCUGUUCGACUCCACCCUCACGGCCUUCUUGAUGAUGGGCAACCUCUCACCAGGUUUGAAGAGCCAUGCUGUCACCAUGUUUGAAGUGGGGAAACUCAGUGACGAGUCUAUGGAUAGCUUUCUCUCAGAGCUUGAGAAGGUUGGCUCAGAUGCUGAAGGGGAAGCAAGGAGGUACUUCGACCACGCCCUGACGUUGCGCGACACGAUCCACUUCCUGCGGCACAACAAGAUCCUGUGUGAGGACACGGACAGUGUGAACGGUCAGGGCAUUGACCUGCUGAGGUGUGAGAGUCUCCUCAGCCUGGAGCCAGCCACCAGAGCCAGGGUGCUCAACAAAAACUACAGUCUACUGGUGUCGAUGGCUCCCCUGAGCAAUGAGAUCCGCCCGGUCAGCAGCUGUGUCCCCCAACAUAUAGGACCAGCCAUUCCGGAGGUGAGCUCGGUGUGGUUCAAGCUGUACCUCUACCAGCAGAUUGCCUGCGGGCCUCCCUCUCUACUACUUGUGAAGGGCACAAAACUCCGCAAACUACCUGCUGUGUUCCAGAGAUAUGAGCGUCUACUGGUGACGACAUGGGGUCAUGAUCCAGGCAUCAUCGCCACCUCCAAUAUUCUCCUCACUCUGAACGAUGCCCUCACACAUUCAGCAGUCCUAGUACAGGGUCAUGGCUACAUGAACGAUGGAGAAACCGUGCAGAUAUCUUUCCCUCUCAAGAAAGAUGAACCAGGGUCACUCGGCAAAGGUCACCACAGCUGUCACCGUGUGAUCCAGUCCCUCUCAACCAGCGUCGACCUGGUGCACACGUGUGGCUUCAUCACACUCAUCAGGCCAGGCAGAACGUGCCGCAAAUACAAUGACCAAAUUACUUCUCCAAUAAAUAAAUCAUGCUCCUUGACCUCGAUUGGUGAAAACCUGGAGAAACCGACCAAUGGGAUCAAAGAUGACUUAUCAGCUCAAGUAUUAGCAUCAGAGAUUGAUGCUUUGGAUAGUGUGGAGAAUUCUCCGUCAAAGCCAUCCAAAGAUAAAUUGACUCUGCAUCUAACGGGCGUGAGUGAAGACGGUGUGGGCGGUCACCCUGCAGAGGGAGACUGGCUGUUGCUUGACUGUUCCUUCGGUAUACCACUGUUUGAUACUAGUUUGAACAAAGACAUUUGUAAUAAAAUCUCCUCUUUGGGACUUUUCAAACAGGAAAGUCUCCAGGGUCUGCUGCAUUCCAGCCGUCUGCUGUCUCUCCGACUCCUGGACUUCAUCACUGAGUGGCAGAACCCAUCUGUGAUAUCGGAAAUCGAGACGUCGGGUGUGCCGGAGGACAAAGAGGAACACUCUGCAAUCUACCCCACACAGAACAUCCUCUUCUGUGACGGCCUCCUCUCCAGAUGGACCACGCUCUGAUCACACAUGGUCCGUGACAUGAGUACCCCUCUGUACCACAGCAUCACCAAUGACAGAUCGCCUCUACUGGAGGGCAGAUCUGGCAAAUCUUUCACAUUGUGUUUGAGGCUGUCUUUAUUUUCCAUAUGUAAUGCAUGUUCUAGGUAUCUGACUAAUUACAAUUUCGGACAAACCUCGUUGAUUCACCUAUGAAAUAUCAAAACCACCAGGGAUUUGAUUCAAAUGGUAUUUAUUCUGAAUGAUGCCAAAGUGUCUAUGGUCUUCAUGUUUUGAAAAUGGCCAAACAUAUGAUGGAUGGAUAUUUGAAAAAUUACGAAUCUGACCACAAAGAUCUCUGGCCAGGAGAGGUGAAAUAUGUUUGCACUUGAGCAAAAUUGUUAUUGGCAACAGAUGUGAAGUCAUCCAUUUCUGGAUACCGUGGUAUAAUGCCAUUUUUGCCAGACAGCAUUGAGGCAUUGUAAAAGCAUUUAUAGAUGUGGUUCAGAAUCAUACUGUAGGGAGAUAGGUUCCAGUCUAUGAUUUGUCAACAAAUUAAUGAGCUAAAGUUUUCCCUUGAUACAGCUGUGAGAGGUGUACGUUACCUACUCAAUCAUCUCUAUGGAGGUGUAGGUGUAGUGGUCUGUAGCAGAGAGGAACACCAGCUGCAACAUCUCCUGUAUGUGGGGAUGUAGGAAGUACUUCUGGGGACCAUGUUAGUGUGUCAGCUGACCUGAGAACAACUCAUAUAGCUUUAUUGCAUUCGUGGUGUGUAAAAGUAUAUGCAUGUCUGAGGUCUAAUAGGACAGUUUUUCACCUGUUUGAUAGCAUUGACUUUUUAAUCACAAUCAACUUGGGCAUGUAAGCUGGCUGUAAAAUAAGAGCAGUGUGUCUGUAAAUGUCAUGUUUUUCUCUCAAUACAUUCAGAAGCUGUUACCUGAGUUUUCAAACAAACUUGAGAUAGUUUUCUCAGGAGGUGAGGAACCUAGUCAUUCCGUUUGGAAACAUUUUGAUCACAUUGAUACAUGUUCCAAAGAAUACUGUGCAGUAUUUGAUUGUGUCAACAUGUCAUGUAUUUUCAUAAAGGACGGGGAACGACAAGGGCAAUUUCUUUAAUACAAGAAGUGUAAUUUCAAAUUUACAAACUCUUUUCAAAGCUGUUAUGAAAGGCAUCAUACAUGGUUAUGUCUGACUACUUUGAAACUCUUCAAUACUUGCCAUAUUAGGACUUAUGACGUGACCAAGAGCUGAUGUAUCAUGAUAUAGUUGAAAGGAGUGAAAAAGGCUGAUAUGUUAAAAACUCUGGAACAUAACCAUGACCAAGAUGAUUUUCUUGCCAUAUAUUUUGGUCAAAUAUUACAAAAACAGUUCUGAAAUAAGCCUUUGUUACACCUUUCAGCCUCACGCCUCUGCCUUUGGUAUAUGUAGGCAUUGAAAAUUACCCAUGAAAAAUCCUUGUUCUCUGUCAUAUGUACUCUUCUCAAAACUUUUCUUGACUUUUUUUAGGAAUUCCAAUUUCCUAUUUAUUUCUGGUCCUUUGACCAGAUGAUGUCCAGCUGUGACAGAUGACCACAGUCAUAACAUACAGCUAUAGCUAGUUGCACCUACUACAAGCACUAGCUGUCGUUAAACCUAAAUGCUCUACUUGUUUUCUGAUGAUAGAUCAUGAGCUACUGAUCAUAUAUUUGAAGACUUUCAUCUUGGUGCCGACACAGUUACAGUGUCACAGAUUAUUUAAGACCUUUAUCAUUGUUCAUGUUAUGGCUAAAUAUUUUGACAAAUGUUACUGUAAAAAUUUAAAGUAUCCCACAUCAACCAAAUAUAUUUGUACAAAAAAAAAAACAAAUAUAUUUUAUGAGAGUCAGGGGUACAUAUGGCAAAUCGUAGUAGUCAUGGAAUUUUACAGGCUUGAAUCUGGAAGUGGAUUUUAUUUAUUGAAUGUUACCUUGGGUGCCAUGUUAUGAUAUUGGCGUACAGUACACAAGUAGGUAGUGGUGAGAUGUUCCUCAACCAGUCUGUGAUGUUCAGUAGGAAUUGUUAACAUCAAGUGCUUAUUCAUUAAGGCUGCCUUACGUAGAGUUACCUGUUUAGUCCGUCUGUACCGGAGAUGCUGUAGUUCCAGUACUGUACUGUGUAAAGUUGAGGCCUUUUGUCAAGGACCUGUCAUUUAGUAGAGGGCUGGUGUAGCUGACUCAUUGACCAAUUGAAUAAAUGUCCUUUUAUUGACCCCUCCCUAAAUAUCUGUCCAUUUUCUUCAUGAAACUCACAUACACACAUAUUGCUGAAUAGCUUUUUCUUGAACAUGAAAUGAAUAUUAUUUUUUGAGGAAUUCCUUACUAAUUAUUGUAGCAUUUGUUUAAAAGGUUAGCUUGUUAUUAGGUUAUUUAUAGAGGGGACUAAAAGGGGAAAUAACUCUCUGUUAAUUGCAUUGAUUUGUCCCUGUGCACAAGCACAUUCCACAGUGUAGAGUGGAUGCAGUUAAGAUUGUUUCCAUUUAUGAAUAAAUAUGUUUCCAAUAAAAUAAUUGUACAAUUUGUUCAAGACACUUUGCAAAAUCCCUCUCUGGGUCUGCUGAUACUUAGCAGAGUUAAAAGUUCCAUUCAUGAGUGCCUAAGGAAGCUGGGUUCAAUAUGUAGUGUAGACAGGAUACGUGACAAUUGUACCCUGGUCGAGAAAGACCAUAUCAACCCUGUUCUCUCCAUCCCACUGUAAAGGGCGACUAUGCUUGUCGUAAGAGGCGACUAACGGGAUCGGGUGGUCAGGCUCACUGACUAUGUUGAUGCAUGGAUCAAUGCUCAUGAUAUUUAUCACUGGAUUGUCUGGUCCAGACUCGAUUAUUUACAGACCACAGCCAUAUAGCUGGAAUAUUGCUGAGUGCGGCGUUAAACAACAAACAUACAAACCUAACCAUCCCACCCACCACCCCUGUAGUAGAUGACAGACUCCCUAGAGAAAUAUCAUAUGAAGGUGCGGGCGUAGCAACAUAAGCAAUGUAUCUACAUGUUUAAUAUAUGAUAAAACCAGAGGCUUUCAUGUUCAUGGUGUAAUAACUGUUUAUGCUGAUGCAAAGCUAUUUUAUCAUGUGUGCUGUACAAAUGUUUUUAUUCCAAUCAAUUGUCUCCCUAAAUGUAUUUUUUUUGGUGUUGAUGUGUUCUAAGAAACUGGAGAAUACUACAUCUAAAGACAAGAUGUGGAGGCUGUUUAGUUGAAGGAAAUGUAGAUUUGUAUCAUACACUCUCGUCUCUCCUGAUAAGACAUUCCUGGGUGUCGGACUGUAGAACAUCAGGAGUCACAUGGAAUUAUAACCCUAUGGUGCAUUAUGUCCUUUGUUUUGCCGGGUCAUUAUUCUUCGUAAUGACCCCUGGACACGCAACAUGCUGAGGCUGGAUGAUUCGAUCCGGAUAAGGGGAUCAAGCCUUGGUUCAUGGUUUUGCGUAGUCACGUAAUUGACUGCGUAUGUGGAUUAACUGGGCAUAAGUUGGUUAGUGCGGCCCCUGUGAAGGUGAUAGGGACCUGAACAUUCUCGGCUAAUGCCUUGAGCUUUGAAAGUCCAUAUCACCUAGGGAAGGGCGCUAUAUUAUACUUGUUAUAUGGACAGGAACAUGAUUCAGUGUUUAGCCAAAUAUUUUACUUCUUUGUAAACCGGUCUAUGAAAAUCCAGAGUGUUUUUGUGGGAUUAGCAGUGAUCAAGGUAGAUUGUUUCCUAUCUUGACAAUGACAAUAAUGUGAUGCAUGCAAUUCAGGAUAUUAAGAACAGUCAUCAUAAUAUCGGACCAUUUUGUAUCUGCUUGUCAGGUAGGUAACCCAUAGUGAUCACCUUGUAAACCCGGUUAGUCACAACUGAUUCUGAUUUAUUGUUUAAAAAUAUACACAAGUGACCAUACUUCACAAAUGGCAAUUUGGCUUUCAGACUAUAUGGAAGAAUGCAGUGUAUAUGCAUUAGCUUGAAACUUUAGGGUGUUUGUGUGGUAAGAAUAUAAUAGUGCUAUGGCUGCUUUCGGUCAGAUUUUACCCUCAACUAGUGCUCAUCCUGUACCCAACACUGCCACUUGUAAUGGGAUCAAAGGUUGGGAUCUUAACAUUUAUCUAUUAUUGCUGCCCCUUUGCCAUAUUUUCACAACUUCGUUGAAAGGUGCUUCAGAAUGUUGUCAACAUUUCAAGUGAAUAUGUUAUGUAACUAAAACAUUGUCCAAUUUGUUCCCUACUGCUCAAGUGGCAGAGAGUAGAUCAGAAACAAUAGGAUAUUAAUGUGAUAAAUAAUUGUCUUAGUGGAGGUAGUUUUAGUAGUGAUAUUUAAAGUUCUGUAUGUAUUUAAUACCAUACAACUCUCAUUAGGGUUAGAGAUAUAUUGAUUUGUAAAUAAUCAGUUAGAAAUCCAUGAAUGUUUCAAUAUACACACACAUGCAAUAAUCACUUCCUCACAUAUUCAGUUAAACUUUGAUAUCAAUUUACUCCAAAGACUUAUUAUCCAUAUAUGACAUGGAGAAUCGGCACCAGGUUUGAAAAUAUUGUAUAAAUAUAUACUGAAAAGAAUCUUUUUUAAGUCAGGCAGUGAUGAUGAUGAUGAUGAUGAUGGAUGAUGAUGGAUGAUGAAAUAUAAGAUUCCAUUCCACAUAUAACAGGUAAAAGUGCAUUACAAAUCAUUACCCCUUCAACAGUUCAGUGGUUACUCUGACUGAAUUCUUGUUUCACCAAAGUGGUCCAAGGUGCAUUUCAGGCUUUCCUUCCUCUUUAAGUGGACACACCCGGAUAUACCUAACUUGCAUCUUUUGUUAGACACAUAGGAGGGAAUGCUGUUUUACAAGGGAGUCUACAACUUUUCACCAAUAUUACUGUGGCCCGUAACUAACCAUAUCGGAACCAGACAAAUCAACAGCAUGAGCAACAAAGAUACCACGACAUCAAUCAGCCAUGUCACACAUCAUAACCAUCCAAUCCACUUUAAGUCUGCCCCUAUGACCAACAUGGGGUACUGGGGACCUACUCUGAUUGGGUAUUCCAACACGAUGAAAGGGUUCUUUUUUAUUGAUACAUUAUUUUGAUCUGUUGUCGGACACAAAUUGUAGGUAAUAAGAUUUGACAGUCUCCUGCUAGUCAAUCAUGUAACAUUGCUGUAUAUUUUGUAGUAAGACUAGGUCGUAUAUUCUGUUUAUAUCUCAUUGUGUGUACAUAGAUGUAAUUAUUGUUUAAAAGCAAUUAAUAUGCUGUCUUAAUUGUCAAUAAACAUGCAAUGAUAUGGAUCAGAGGAAUUGGUUGAAUUUUAAUAGAGUACUUUUAUCUAGAAUUUCAAGUUGAUUAAUUCAUCUCUUACCUGAUUGUAUUUUUUGUUGUUUAAAUACUGUUGUUUUCUGUUUGUUCAACUAUUGUACAUUUAACACUGAAGCAUUGUUCUGUAAGAUAUGUUAUGUAUAUAACCAAAUAAUAAAUGUCUCAAAAGCAUU